AUGGGUUUAAGUGAUAAAGAGUUAAUCGGUCGGAUAAUUUUUGCCAAUUUUUUAAAACCUGAAGGAGAAGUACAAGAAAUCUCAGAUUUCAGCAUUUACAAAAUUUUGGGGUGACUAUAUCCGAGUAAUCAAGUUUCAAUUUUGAUGGAGAGAUUUUUUGGGAAGUCCCCUUUUGAAUCUGGCAGUGAAGAUUCCCAGUUAUUAUAUGUAAAAAGAAUUGAAAACUUACUAGGCCAGUCGGAUGGCCGAAUGAACUCAAUUGUCUCUGUGUACAAAAACCACUUUGAAGGCAGUUGGGACUUGCUUGUAAUUUUGCCAAGCCAAGACCGUGUCCCGCCAAAAAUAUAUUAUAGAAAUUCGAAGCACGAGCAUCUCAAACUCCCACCUCUCAUUGAAUUCUUAUUUAAAAAUAAAUUGAAAGCUAAUGAGAUUGAAGAAAACAAGGAAAACAUUAUUGGAGGGAUGCUAAAGCCUUUUCAAAUUGUUGCACAAGAAGAUCUUUCAAAUAUGGACAGUGUGCAUCAAAAUAAAGGGGGCUGGUGGGCUUUGUUUAGAGCAAUUCUAAUUAUACUUUUUAAAAAUGAGGAUUUUCUCAGAUUAAUGCCAUCAUGGAAUUAUACAUUCUAUGAAAUGCAGAAGUACUUCAAAGAAAAGCGGAUAGAGUUAAGCAGAAUUGAUUUACCUCCAGAUCGAUCAAACCGACAAGCUUGAAUGGAAGAUCAAAAAUUGCUUGUACUCCAAACUUUAAAUGAGGAUAUUUCCAAGUGAGAGGCAAACACAAAUAAAGUGUGUGAUGUCACUAAUACAAUAGCAUAUCAAUUAGAAUUUUGAACUAAAAUUAUGAAUACCUCAAGCGACAGCUUGGAUAUAACACCAAGAAAGCCUUUUUCAUGCCAAAUUAUAGACACUUCCAAACAAGACUCAAACAUUAAAAUAAAGAAAAAUUGAGAAUUCGCUUGUUCAACAUUUUCAUUUGAAGAUAUCAUAAGAGAUGAAAUAGUUUAUGUAGAUAAGACACUAUUUAUAAAAAAAGUCUUAGAUGAUACAGAUUAUGCUAUUCUGAUCACUAGACCUCGAGGAUGGGGUAAAAGCUUAAAUAUAGACAUGCUAAAGACAUUUUUGAGUGAUGAAAAAGAUGAAAGAAUAAACUCAAUGAAAAAGGCUUUGUUCACAGAGGAAAGAAAAUCAAUUAUCAAUGGUCUUUCAAAUAGUUCUGAUUCUCAGAAGCUAGCAAUUGCAACUGUAGACAAUGGGAAAUAUAUAGAAAAUCAUGCCAGAAAAUAUCCUGUCAUUUUUCUUAGUUUUUUGGAAUGUGAAAUAUAUGAAAAUAUUGAAGAAGAAAUACAUGAAUGUUUUGGCAGUGCUAUUAGCUAUGCAUUCAAGGAGCACGAAUAUGUUGUUAAUGAACUAAAAAGGCGCCUAGCAGAAAAUUAUGACAAACAGCUAGCGAAAGAAAUAGAAAUGUUUUAUAAGUUCUACAAUAAUGAUCCAAAUUCAGAGCUUCUUGUAUCAAUACAAUUUCUAAGUAAAGUGCUUUAUAAAUUUCAUCAAAAAAAAGUUUUUAUAUUAAUAGAUGAGUAUGAUCGUCCAUUAAAUUGUUCAUUCUCUAAGGACAGCUAUAGGGUUUUACCCUGAGUAGCCCUAUAAGGGCAGAUGAUUCCACUGGGAAUCAUCUGCCCUUAUAGGGCUAAUCAGGGUAAAGCCCUAUAUGAUACAAUUGUGCAAAUUAUGGACAAUAUGCUUACCUACUGAAUACAAUACAAUGCUGAUUAUGUUGAAAAGGCAAUUAUUACUGGAGUUUUAACAUGGGAUUUGCCUAGCCUGAAUAAUCUUAUGGUAAAUAGUGUUGUGGAUCGAUAUUUUUCAGAGUAUUAUGGCUUUACAGAGAGUGAAGUUGAUAAAAUUUUAAGAGAAGCAUCAGUUUGAAAUACAGAAGAGGAUUUGGAACUAAAUAAAAGGCAAAUAGCUUCAUGAUAUGACGGCUAUAGCAGUGGAGGACUCAAAAUUUACAAUCCCUGGUCAAUUAUGAAUUGCUUUUUUGCAGCUCAAUCUGGAGAAGAAAACAUAUUUAGAGAUUAUUGGAUUGAUAGAGGAAACGAUUAUGAGCUUAAGCGUUUGCUUAAAAAUUUCACUUGCAAAGUAGAAUUGUCUGAAUUACUAAGAACAGGAUAUUUAACUUUAGAAAGCGAAUUACCAACUAGAGUUAAUAUAGCAAGAGUUUCAAAUAAUAAAAAACAGUUUUUUGCACUCCUACUCCAUUCAGGAUACUUGACUCCCCUUCAUAAGUCAAAAAAAGAGAACACUGAAAGGCGCAUAGUUUAUUCAGAAUCAAUAAACAAACAAAGAAUUUAUGUCAUGCCCAAUAGAGAAGUCAAAAAAUUCGUUUUUCAUAUUCUCAUAGAAAGUUGACUUGGGAAUCUGGAAAAUAAAAUCCCUGAUUUUGAACUAAGCGAAUUGAUAAGUGGUCUAAACGAAAAUCUUGAAAAAUCAGAGAGAUAUGCAUCGAUAAUAAAAAAUGAAAUUUUGAAUUAUUUUGAUAAUGAUGAUCAUUAUGAAAUUGAUUUUCAAAUUCUGAUAGAGUGACAUAGCCUUAUUACGGGGAUUCCACAUGCAGAAGAGCCAAGGCAUACACUAUUAAGCAAGGUCAUUAAUAAAGAGAACUCAGAAGCGAUAUAUCUUCCAAUCAGAAAUAGGAGUGCAUGCAUAGUCGUACACGAACACAAAAAGUUAAUUAGCACAACAACUUAUGAAGUAGAAAAAACAACUUUCAAUGCUCUCAUUCAAAUUUAUGAAAAAGGAUAUAUGGACGAUGCAUUAAAUAUGUAUGAAACUAAUAGUUAUUGUAGCUAUUAUACUCACAUAGUUGUUAGAGUGAUGGUAUUUUAUAAAAUGGAGGGCUAUCCAAAUUGGAACCUCAAAAUAAUGUUUCGUGUACACAGAAUUCACGAUGCUAUAGAGAUAAGAAAUGCUUUGAAAUUAAACAAAAUACAGCUUAAAAAUUGCAAAAAUGAAGCGGAUUUAGAUGAAUUGUUAGAAAGCAUUGUAGGUCCAAUCAAUGAAGAAGAAAAACAAAUUGAACAAGAGAUGGGGCUAGUUGAGAUAAACCUAAAAAGAAAGUCUUUGAUUGACACAGAUGUGAAAACAAAGAGACCUAAACCGGAAUCAAUUAAAGGAAUUGAGGAAGAAUAA